AAUGAAAUGAAAUAAAAAUUUUCAUUUUUUAUAUGUUUGUUUUUUUUCAUUGCUUCUGCUCUUUUUUUUGUUUGUUUGUUUGUUACAUUGUAAUAUUUUGUUUCUGGAUCGAAUUCGGUUUUUCCUGUUCGAUUCAUUCAGUCAAGCAAUGAAUUUUUUCUAUUUUAUUUUGUCUUUAUAUGAACAAUGUCACUACAGAUAUUGAAUGUAAAACGGCCACCACCUUUGGCAACUACUACUAAUGUAUCGACGACAACAACAACAAAAAUAAAAACAAGACGAUCAUUACAAUUACGACCGCAAUCACCUCAUAAUCAAAAUCAAUUUGACAGUAUGAUAGAAAUAACAAAUCAUCAACAUCAAGGAUCAUUGACGCCACCACCACCACCCAUACAAUCUCAACCUACCACCUCUUCAACUUCAAUGAUAACAACAACAUCAACAAUGGUAACAUCAUUACCAUCAUUACCAAUGAAAAAAUCAACAACAACAACAAAAACUAUGGCUAAAAAACGAUCCAAAUCAGCAUUUCGUUGUCGAUUCUUUGUAAAUGGUGAUCGUCAUUUUAUUGGAAUCUAUUAUGUUAUUAAUAUUGAUCGUUUACGUACACUUGAUUCAUUAUGUCGUGAAUUAUCAAGAAUUCUUGUGAAUGUGAAAACAUUACCAUCAGGUGUACGAAUAAUAUUCAAUUGUAAUGAUGGUAUAAAAAUUAAUUCUAUUCAACAGUUUCGUCAUAAUGAAAAUUAUUGUUGCUCAUCAAAUGAACAUUUUAUACGUUUAGAUUAUAUUACAAUUACUAAUAAUAAUAAUAAUAAUAAUUUAUUAUCGAUAAAUGAUCGACAAUCAACAUCACCUGAACCAAAAGAUUUGUUAAUAAAUAAUAAUAAUAAUAAUACGAUAAAUGUAGCUAAAAAACAACAACCAUCAACACGAACACCGUUAGCUAAACGUCGUAUAGGUAGUGGUGGUAAUAUUUCCGGUACUAAUAAUAAUUCAACAACAUUAAUGAUGACAACAUCAUCAACAGCAUCAUCAUCAUCACAAACAUUAUCAACAUCAACAACAACAACAAAUGCAAUGUCUUCAAAUUCAUUACAAUAUUGUGCAUUUAGGCCAAAAUUGGUUGCCUUAUUACGUGGAUCAUGUCGUGCUGAACCAUCGAUGCGUCCAUCACGACGUGUAUUUCGUUUUCUAUUUAAUCAUCGUAUUGCACAAAAUUAUGAACAAUUAUUGAAUGAAAUAUCAAAAUCGGUCAAAUUGAAUGUUGGUGCUGUACAUCGUAUAUAUGGUCUUUCAUCAUCGAAAAAGAUAACCUGUUUAAAUGAUCUUUAUGACGAUGAAUAUGUCUAUCUGGUAUAUGGCCGUUCGGAAAAAUGCAAUAUUAACGAUUUCCUGCUUGACGAAUAUGAACAACGAGAAAUCUGUUCAAUUGUUGGCGUUAGUUAUUUAACGUCAUAUUAUGAAAACAAUAAUGAUCAUAGUCUUAAUUUGAAUAAUACGAAUGCUAAUAAUAAUAAUGAUGGUGGUGGUAGACAUGCAUUACCGCCAUUACCAUUACCAUCAUCAUCUGUAAUAUCAAAAAAUCGUAAAGUUGUCCGUUACUGUGAUGAUAUUAAUAAUAAUAAUGAUGCUGCAAUCAAUAAAAAUCGUCGACGUUUUCAAUCGAAAAAAUUCAAUUUUAAUCGUAGCAAUCGUUCAAAAAAUCAUAAUAAUAAUAAUAAUAACGAAAAACAUACAACAAAAUCAAAAAAUUUGAAUUAUGACAAUAAUGAUGAUGAUGAUGAUGAUCAUAAAGCUUAUUCUUUGCCAAGAAAUUUUUGCAUCCAUAACAGUGAUGAUGAUGAUGAUGAUGACAAUAAUAAUGAUAAAUGUCAAAAUAAUAUGAAAAAUUUUAAUCACCAUCAUCCAAAUUCUUGUCAUUCAUUAUCAUUAGACAAUAAUGAUUUGAUUGAUUCGGAUAAUGAUGAUGAUGAUGAUGAUGAUAACAAAGAAAAUAAUAUUGAAAAUCUAAAUGGAAAUGAACGUACACCAACAAAUGGUCAUUAUAAUCAUCAUAAUCCACAUUCAUUUAAUGAUGAUGAUGAAACAGAAAAUUGGAAUUAUAAUUCAAUAACGAUGGUUACAUCAGUUGAUGAUGAUAAUUAUGAUGUUAUUAUUGCUGAUAACGAUUUUAAUGAUGUUGAUACUAAUAAAUAUCAUCAAAAGCGUAAAUUACCAUUGGAAAGUAAAAAUAUUGGUUCAAUGUCAUCAUCGUCAUCAUCAUCCGAUCAAAAUUCAAAUAGAUCAAAUGGCAAUUAUCGGAAUAUAAAGAUUUCAGAUACAAAUAGUCCUAAAACUGAUGAUCAUUUAUAUUCUAGUUCGAAUUCAAGUCUAGUCUUUGUUGGUAAUAAUCAAAAAUUUAAUGGUACUAAUCAUCAUCAUAAUCAACAAUCAAUGCAUCCAAAUGCUAAUCAAUCAAAUUCAAAUUGUGAUUUUCGAUCUUCAUCAAUGACAACGACAACAUCUACUACAUCGACAAAUACAAGCCAAAAUCAAGGAAUUUUUAUUCAAAGUAAUGGUAGCAGCACACCCGGUGAUGCAUCAACUAUAAGUUGUUCAGAUGAUUUUUCUUUUACUUCAAUAGAUGUCGAUAAUUCCAAUACAUUGAAUCAUGAUGAACAACAAAAUUUUGUUUAUGAUGAUGAUGAUGAUGAAGAAUCAGUAUCGAUAGAUGAUGGCCAAUCUAUUGUCAAAUCGGACAAUAAUCUUUCCAAAUCUCAACAACAAGAGAGCCAUGAUUCAGAUUUAUCAUCAACAUCUUCAUUUUCUAGUCUUUCACGUGUAAUUCCAGUUAUAAACAAUGUUCAACAGUGCCAACGAUCAUCUUCAUUGGAAAGAUCUGUUAACAAUAACAAAAAUGAUAAAAAAAUUCCACAACCAAAAGCAGCUAUUUCAAAAAUUAAAUCCAAAGGUCAACCGAUAGAACCACCAUUAUCUGCAGCGAAUACCAAAAUACAUUUGAUAAAUCAUACAAAAACAACAGCUAAUACCAAACAACGUGUAACUAACCAAAUAGGAUCUGUAUCCCAAAAUCAAACAGCAGCUGCGGCAAAGAAUACUAAGCCGAAAAAAAUGUCCAUCAAAUCUUCAAAUGUUGAUGUUUCUCAACAUGCAGCACAAAAUCAUAAUCGAAGUCCAAGCCAUCGGAUUGGUUCAGGAAAUCGAAACUCUUCAGGAUCACAGCCAACCACUCCAGUCAAGAAAAAAAUAUAUCAUUCUCAACAGCCACAAUCACAACAACGUCGUGCACCAGUUCUAACAACAAUACCGGCCGCAACAAAAUUUCAGCCAAAAAAAGAAGUUGACGAUAUUUAUUUUGUCGACAAAUCUAUUGGUGAUGGUAAAUUUGGUGUCGUAUACACUUGUAUUCAUCGUAAAACACGGCAAAGUUUUGCAUUGAAAGUAGUCGAUAAAUAUACUAUGCAGCAAGUUUUUCCACCACCCCCACCACCACCACCAACAACAACAUCAUCAUCAUCAACAUCUGGUCAUAAUAAUAAUACGGAUAAAUCGAAUGAUCCAGCAAAUGCUGAAGUUGCAAUUCUUAGCCGUGUAAAUCAUCCUAAUAUUGUUCGACUUUAUGAUCAUUUUGAUUAUGUUGAUCAAUGUUAUUUAGUACUUGAAUUACUUCAGGGUGGCGAUCUUUUUGAUGCUAUUACUGUUGCAUCUCGUUAUACGGAAGCUGAAUCAGCAUCAAUGAUAAGCGAUCUUUUGAAUGCUUUGAAUUAUUUACAUCAAAUGAACAUUGUUCAUCGUGAUAUAAAACUAGAAAAUUUACUUGUAUCCUAUGUGCCAAUACCAAUGAAUGAUAAUAAUGAUAGUUCUAAUAAUGAAACAAUCAAUAAUAAAAAUCUGCAACGUCAAUAUCGUCGUAUGAUUAAAUUGGCUGAUUUUGGUCUUGCCGUUCAAAUUGAACCGGGUGAAAAAUUAUACACCGUUUGUGGUACACCUACAUAUGUUGCACCAGAAAUUCUAUUAGAAAUUGGUUAUUCAUUUCCUGUGGAUAUUUGGGCUGCCGGUGUUAUUCUAUACAUACUAUUAUCUGGUCAGCCACCAUUUGCGAAUGAAGAAAAUGAUCAGAUUCAAUUAUUUGAUCAAAUAAUAACCGGUAAUUUUGAUCUUAUUGGACCACAAUGGCGACAUGUAUCAUCAUCAGCAAAAUGUAUGAUACUUUCAAUGUUGGUCGUACAACAAACAAAACGUAUCACUGCUCAACAAGUAUUGAAUCAUCGAUGGCUUUUACAAUAUAAUAAUAAUAAUCAGCUAAUUAAAUCAAAAUUAUCAUCCGAUUCGUUAGCCAAUGAUUACUUGAAUUUAUGAUUGAAUUUUUUUUAAAAUGAAUUUUCUUACUUUGAAAUCUUUUUUUUUUAUUUUUUCCGCCAUUUUUUUCAUUAUGUCAAUUU